UCGGACACUUGAAACAUGUAUUCAAUAUGGGCAAAGUUAGGAUUGUCAUCUUGUCACCGUGGCGUCAAAAUGCGAUACAACUUGUUAUCGCAUUAUCGCAACGUCACUAAAGAAGCUGUCAUAGAAUCGAAAUACGAUCUGUAUCGGCUCGAUAAAGGGCCGCUCGAGAAAUCGACUUUAAACUUGGAAGAUGCUACAUACGCGUUGAAGACAAUGAACUAUAUACGUCGGAUGGAGAACAAGGCCGCAGAGUUGUACAGACAGCGGCUCAUCAAUGGCUUUUUACACUUAUACGUUGGUCAGGAAGCUAUAGCCGUAGGUCUGAAAAUGGCUCUGGCCGAACGGGACACCGUUAUUACAGCAUACAGAUGCCAUGGUUUCGCCGUCGUGUUCGGUAUUCCGAUUCGCUCGGUUAUUGCGGAACUCAUGGGUCGUAAGACAGGCGCGGCCAAGGGGAAGGGCGGCUCGAUGCACAUGUACGCUCCGCGAUUUUACGGUGGCGACGGUAUUGUUGGUGGACAGGUACCUAUCGGCACCGGGAUAGCCUUGGCCCACAAGUACAAUGGCACAGGCGCCGUGUCUUUUACGUUGUACGGCGACGGUGCAGCCUCGCAGGGCCAGGUUUACGAGGCUUGGAACAUGGCAAAGCUGUGGAAUCUGCCGGUGGUCUACAUCUGCGAAAAUAAUAGAUACGGGAUGGGUACGCCCGUACAUCGACACUCCGCCAACACACGGCUCUACACGCGCGGAGACCUCAUCCCAGGAAUAAAGGUCGAUGGGAUGAAGAUCGUGGAUGUGCGAGAAGCCAUACGCUUUAGUAGGGAUUACGCACUCAGAAAUGGCCCGAUUGUGCUGGAGAUGGCAACUUAUCGUUAUUUCGGACACAGUAUGAGCGACCCCGGUUACUCGUAUCGCACUAGAGAAGAAAUUAAAGCUGUGCAAACCGAACAAGAUCCAAUCACGAUAUUUACCAAGCUCAUCGUAGAGAAAGGCCUUAUGACUGAAAGAGAUGUCGAGAACGUACGAACGUCAGUCUACAAAGAAGUCGAUCAGGAAGUGGAGCAAGCCAAGGCCGAUCAGUGGCCAGAAAUGUCGGAAAUCUCGACCAACGUUUACGUCAAACCGUUAGAGAAAAUUCGUGGUAAAGUUCCUUGGGAAUUACAUUGAAAGGCAAUUAAAAAAAAAAAGUAAUUUCCUACUGUAAAGUUCUUAAUUACUCCGUAUGAUCUCUUAGACUCGUAAGAUUUAAAUUACUCACGUCAGGUUCGAUAUCGUAUUAUGUAUUUUUGAUGAAAAUAUAUCCGGUAUAACAUAGAAGCAAAACACGUACCUUUUUGUGAUUUUUAUGAUUUAACUGUGGAGAAGCAGUCUAAAACUUUUUUGAAAAAGCUGUCACACACAACAAAAUACAGAUAAAAGCGUUUAUCCAUGUAAUCCACUUCUUGAUCUUUGUCGAGGAAACGUGAGCAGCUUACGUUACAUGGGAGAAUCCUUUCGCGCGAUUUCGUGUGUCAUAGGCGCACAUAUUUUUUAUAGUUUUAUAUAAUAAACACACGAAUUAUCCUUGGUCAACUAUGUUUUCCUAUCGAUCUGCUUGCGACGCGACAAAAGUGCAAUUGAUUUUCCGUAGAGUUUUCAAGUUUUUGAAUCGUUGAACGUAUUCAACGACGCGACGCGACGUCGAGAUUGGCUGAGAGUGCAGAGUAGAGAGUAGAGUAGAGUGAGGCUCGCCAUUUCUUUCGUCGACAGAAACGAUCAAUUAAAACUGGUGAUCGUUUUAAAUGACGAGAGCGAAAGGGCACGAAUGGUAGAACGGCGAAUUGGCAGCAGGAGAGA